GGGUGUAUAAGCCAAUACACCCGGAUGAGGUAUUGACGUGACUCUUUUCGCACCGUUUGGAAUCCAUCCAAACCCCUAUAUUUCCUCAUCCCCCUUUUUCUAUUCUCCCGGCGAAGCGGGAUUUGGGGCCAUAAUUUUUGGCUACCUCUUGAGAUCGCAAUAGCUCAUCCGGCCUAACACACCUUGUUUUUUGACCUUUCUACCCUCCCUCAUUUCCCCUCUUCAUCUCCUCUUCGCUUUACAAAAAGGGGGAAAUAGCUUUUGUGUUGUGGUGCGCGAUUUGUGCAAUUCUCUGGUGCGAUUUCUCUGUUGCGCGAUUUUAGUUGUGGAUCGAUUUCUGCUUUGGGUUUUUGUACAAUUUCUGGUGCGCGAUUUGAGUUUGCAAAAAAUUGUGAGAUGGACAGAAUGAGUGCAAUAUAGUGGUUGGAGAGGGGAGAAGGAAGCGGAUUAAAAAGUGGAAGUGGAGAACAGAACAGAACAGGACCAAAGCAUGGCAACUGUAUGGCAUCAAUGGUUAAGAAAGAGUAUCCAGUCUUCAUCAACCUUGAGGGCUGUACAUACCUUAAAGGUUGACCCCAGUCAACCGAUGUUAAAGUCUCCUCCUCUUAUUUCCCUAGACCUCCCUGAUGUAUGGACUUCCAACGUCAUGGAUUUUGAUCCUCCAUCAAUAGGAGAAUGCUCUAAUGAACGAAGAGCUAGAGUAAUUGAUGGGAAGUUGAUGGCAGAGAAAAUUAGAGCAGGAAUAGCUGCUGAAGUAAUCCGGAUGAAGGAGUCCAUUGGGAAGGUUCCUGGCCUAGCUGUUAUUUUGGUGGGUCAUAGAAAAGACUCUCAAACCUAUGUUCGUAACAAAAGAAAGGCUUGCGAAGAGGCUGGAAUCAAGUUUGCGAUGGCCAGACUGCCUGAUAGUUGUACCAAGGAUGAAGUUUGUGAGGCUUUGUCAAGCUUUAAUGGAAAUCCCUCAGUUCAUGGUAUUCUAGUGCAACUUCCUCUCCCAGAUCAUUUGGAUGAGGAGAAGAUUUUGAACUUGGUGAGUUUGGAAAAAGACGUGGACGGCUUUCAUCCACUGAACAUGGGGAAUCUAGCCAUGAGGGGAAGGGAACCACUGUUUAUUCCAUGCACUCCAAAAGGUUGCAUUGAGUUACUGGUGAGGUCUGGUGUGGACAUCAUGGGUAAGAAAGCAGUGGUAAUAGGGAGGAGCAACAUUGUUGGAUUGCCUGCAUCUUUGCUCUUACAGCGGCACCACGCGACGGUGAGCACUGUGCAUGCACUCACAAGUAAUCCAGAACAGAUCACCCGUGCAGCAGACAUUGUAAUCACAGCGGCAGGAGUGCCCAAUCUAGUCCGUGGCACUUGGCUUAAGCCGGGUGCUGUUGUUAUUGACAUUGGAACAUGUCCUGUUGAGGAUCCAAAUAGUGAGCAUGGGUAUCGUCUUAUGGGAGAUGUUUGCUAUGAAGAAGCAGUGAUGGUGGCAUCAGCAAUCACCCCUGUGCCCGGAGGAGUGGGACCAAUGACAAUCGCUAUGCUGCUUGUCAACACACUCAACUCCGCCAAGCGUGCAUUCAACUUUCACUAAUACGGACUGCAGUUGCAGGGUAAUGUAAGGGCGGGGAGAAGCCACAAAAGCAGUAUACAUACCAACACUUCUCAUCUCUAUCCCGACGGAAAGCAGGGCAGCUGGAAGAAGGAUUUGGUUUUGGGAGAGCAACGACUACCCAUUCAUAUCAGUAAAGGAUCUAUCAAUUCUCCAUUGUGGAUGUAUAUCAUCAACUCAUCAAGUAGCAAAGUUCCAUCUUUCUUAUCUCUCAUGAUAUGUGCACAAGGUAGACCCAUAGUUCUUGAGAAAUGGCCAGUACAAGGACCCAAGACAUAAUCUGUCCGAGCCAAUUCACAUUGCUUGAAAAGCUCUCCAAGUGCAAAGAAGGAAACAUGACUAACAAGUUCCUUUAACAUAGGAAUCUGAAAUUUAUGGGUAACGCGAAGCUUUUCACUAGCAAUUUUUGUCUUGAUUUCAUUGUAUUGAUUGUCAAUUGCAAGACAAAUUUUUUCCCUUACCUCACGGAAAUUACCUAUGGAAACUGUCAAA